AUGGCCAGAUUAAGCAGCGUCGUUUUGGUGCUAAUGGCUUCUCUCUUGUUGGCCUCAACAAGGGCGCAAUCCCCUACAUCGUCACCCGCCAAGUCCCCUGCGCUCUCUCCCAAACACCCCGCUGCCCCUUCUCCAUCGAGCAUUCCACCCAAGGCUUCGCCUUCUCCUUUGAGCACUCCACCGUCGGCUGCUCCUUCUCAGUCUCCCGUCGCAGUCUCUCCACCUUCUCCCCCAUCCGCUUCCCCUGAAUCUCCAGCGAUCCCUCCAUCUUCAGUUUCUGGACCGCCGUCUGAGGCUCCCGCACCCUCCACCAACGGCGCCGUUUUGAAUAGGUUCUCCGCCGCCGGAUCUGUGGCCGUAGGGGUUUUCGCUGCUGUCUUGGUUAUGUAG